AUGGACGAAAUUCUCACCAAGGAGCUACUUUUUAAUUCGGGCCUCGAGAAGCGAGUUUAUGCUGUCCUGCCCUUGUUGCUGGACUCGAAUCAGCCCGGGCCCCCUCAGUCCUGGGUCGGCCGGGAUUUGAAGGACAUCGACGGUCAUGACUUUUAUACAAUGUUGCUGGAGCACAUCUUGGAAACUCCAGAGCUAGUCGAGGAGUUUACCAUGCCUGAUGCACCCGGCAAGUUUAGCAUAGAACCAGUGUGGCGCUGGAUUUGCUCCCUGCGAGAGUUUAAUCGCCUGGCAUUGACGUAUGCACACCUCUCAACUGGUCUCCCCGUGCGUGCGAUGGUAUACACGAGCCUUUUCUAUCGCGACUCCUCCGCCAGCCCCAGAAAUGUCUUCUUCUCCGGAGACCGCUUGGCGUUUGUCGCGCGACGAGGCAAAACCACAUGGAUCAGCAACCGCGAGUCGCAUGCUGCACACUACAUGGACAAGCGGGCCAGUGCGGUCAUGAUGGCGUACCUGCUAUUGUGCAAGCCGCUGGAGGAGCUGUUUGCUGAUUACUUGCAAGAUCGAGACGAAUUGAUCACGUCUGAGGCAAUAGAUCCCAAUUCCCUGACGGAAGAAGAGCAAGAUGAGCUCGAGGCCGACGCGAUGGAGGUCGAAGAUUUAAUCGAGCCAGACACUGUUGGCUCUGUUGACGACCAGCACGACGAUCUACGAGCGGCCAAGCGUGUCGCACAGGAGGGCACGUAUGAGCUGCUGUUCAACAUUGCGCCAAUGCAGCUCGAAAAACAGCUUCGGCCAGGCCAAGUCUACCGAACCAUCCAGGCCGUGACCAAGCGGUUUCUUGGAACCAGCAUCACUGUCAGCGCAUGGCGGCACAUGAGUGUGGCUUGGCUGCGUACACUGCGUGUGCAUGAAGAGGAGACACCUCCUGUGCCUGCAACACGUGUUCCAACCAAUGAAUGCCCUUCCGCUGGUUUAAAACAAAGACGUGUGCGAACACGAAAGCGUAGCGUCAAGCUUGAUAAGCAGCAAGGUGCUGUUGGGGCUCAGAUGUUCAUGACCGACAUUGGCUGCUUGGUGACUCCCGCGUCUUCAGGGCUGGUGUGUACUCAUUGUGGCCAUGUCCUCAGUGGUAAUGUGCCCCAACACCUGUUCAAAAAGCACCAUGUUCGGUGUAGUCAAGAAGACAUUGAUGCAGCCACGGCGCUCCUGCGCUCUGAGCAGCCCGAGGAGCCAACAGAGGAUGUUGCAACAGAGGCUGGGCCUCGAGCGCCUGUGGAAGGUAUCCCCAUUCUGGACGGC